AAAAAAAUCAACGAGCUUUAUGUGAAUAAUUUUGAAAAUUUCGAUGGUUUCAUAUUACAUGUUCAAUAUGUUUAGCAAAAUCAUCAUACUUUGUGCCACAUUGUUCGUCAGUCAGGUUACUGCUUAUGGUGGUGGUGGUGGUGGUGGUGGUGGAUAUAGCAGUAGCAGCGGAUAUUCAAGUUCAAGUCGUUCGGGUGGCUAUGGUGGAUCUACAUUAGGACUGGGUGGUAGUGUUGGUGCAGCGUUUGGUUUUGGAAGUACAAGUGGUGGUGUUUUAGCUAGUACGGCUGCCGCUUCUGGACCAGUACAAGCUGCUGUUAGGUCCAGACAUGUAAUUGAAUAUGUAGAUAUUGAUCUACCACAAGAUGAAGUUGUGCCACAAGUUAUUGAUGUUGAUGCCGGUCAUCUGCCAUUAAUUUUGAAUUUUAAAUCGGCAUCAUCACGAAUUCAAGUACAUCAAACACAUGAAGGUUCUGAAGCAGGUGAAAUACAGGAAACACAAUCCGAGGAUGAACCACAAUUAUUACGUCACAAUGUUGUGAAACCGAUAAUCCAGGAAGUAAGAGAAGUAAUUACACCAUAUAGGCGUGUGGUUCAAGAAAUACGCCCUGUGGAAGAAGAAGUAAAAACAAUUGUUGCACGUGGACGUGGACGUACAGCUGGUACUGGAACCACUGGUACAACCGGAAAUGCUGUUGGAACUACGGGCCGUGUUGGAACUGGUCGUGGAUCAUAUGGCGGUGGAACUGGUGCAUAUGGUAGUAGUUCAUUUGGAUCAUCAGCCAGCAAAUCUGGAUAUUAAUGAU